UUUAAAAUAUUGAUGUGUCAAAAUUUUCUUAUACAUUCAAUACCGAAAAACAUAAAAAUGUAAACAAACUACCCUAAAUAAUUAGGGGCCCAACCAUAUAAUAGGUGCUAAAGCCUUGUAAGGCGCCAAAGCCAUAAAUAAUGGCGCAAAAUAGAACAAAAUCAAUAUAAAACAAACCUAUAACAAAAAAAGAAAACAUUGAAAAAAGAAAGAAUAAAAAAGAGUUGUGAAACAAAAGAAAGAAAAACAUUGAACUCAUUUACAGCAACAAACGAUAGGCAAAGAAAAUUGAAAUAGAAAACUCUUAAGGUAACUUGAACAAUGAAUCUGAUCAAGAGGUAUUAAACUACAGAAAAGUUGCUUCAAAAUCGUGAUCACUGGUCCUUAAUAUAACCAAUUCUUUCACGAAUCACACAGAUUAUAUCCAACAGUAUAUACACCAACUAAAACACUAUCACAAUUCACAUAAUUUAGAAAUACGGCUAUAUAAAAUGGAAUGAAUUCAGUCUACAAAAAAGAAAAAAGAAAACCAGAGAGAUAUUUACCGUGAUAGUUUGUUGGAGGAUCAAAACGAUGGAGAAAUAAGUACUGGGGAUGCGAUCACGAACAACGAUGAAGAAAUAGGAAGGUUGAAGUGUUGUGAGAGGUAAGAGUAAUAAGAAGAGAGAGGAGAGUAGCAGAUAAAUACCUAAGUCCUAUUUUUGGCGGUAUAAAUACCUUCCGUCACUACUCUGGAACUUCCGUAGGUACCUUUCCGUUUUUUGCAUUGUAAUGUGCCAGGUGUCGUGCCAUGUCAUUAAAAUGUAUGCCACAUCACUCACACCACUUAAACUUAACCAUGUCACAACAUACAUUAAAAACCCUAAUAAUAAUACCCUAAGAUUAAUUAAACCCUCUUAAAAUCAAAAUAAAAAUACUUAGAAAAAAAAAUAAAUAUUUUAUAUAACUCAAACCUAAAUAAUCUGAGGCAAAACUUUUCCACCAUUGUUGUAAGCUCGAAGGUGACAGUGACGCAAUGGGACGGUAGUUUUGCGAUUGUAAACCACCAUUGGAAGUUGCGAUUCGCACCUCUAUGACGAUGAAGAAUCCUAGGAGAAGGUUCAAGUGCUGCCCAAUCCAUAAGAGGAAUGGUGGGUGCGAUUUUUUCGAGUGGGUUGACAGGGAGAUGUUUCGAAAUUGUGGAGGUGGAUGUUGUAUCCAUGGAGAUUGGAGUGGGCAUGAAGUUUCGAUGGGGUACUGUUCUGUGCAUCAACAAAGAACAGCCCCUUGCAGCCAUGGAGUUUGUACAAAUGGAGAUGUUGCUACUCAUUGUAGUAGUCAUCACAGUCAUGCACCUUUGGAAGAUUAUAAUGAAAGCACAUCUGCAUUUGAAAGGGGAAAAGAUAAUUAUUGGAUUUGGUUUUUAGGUUGUGUAGUUAUAGUUGUACUCUAUGUAAUGUUGGUCUGA